AUGAUUCGCACUGUCUCGCGUCGUCUCCCCCGGCUUGCUACGCGCCCGACAGCUGCUGUUCGCAGGUCCUUCGCGUGCGGCUAUCCUCGGAUGUCUGCCACAUCGCUGCCUCCCGUUGAUCCUCCAGUAUCAACUGCCCUGCCGUCGGACUCAUUCCAUCUAUUGUCGACAGCGGACAAGGCUGGUAGUCCAGAGGAUGCAUUGUUCGCACAACAAGUGAAGGAUGUGGAGGCCUGGUGGAAAAGUCCUCGCUACGAAGGGAUCAAACGCCCGUAUAAUGCGGCGGAUGUUGUCAGCAAAAGAGGAUCGCUGCAACAGACCUACCCCAGCUCUAUAAUGGCGCGGAAGUUGUUUAAUCUGCUCAACGAGAGAGCUGCAGAGGGAAAACCAGUUCAUACCAUGGGCGCUAUCGACCCCGUACAGAUGACCCAACAAGCUCCAAAUCAGGAAGUACUUUAUAUUUCGGGAUGGGCAUGCUCGUCUUUGUUAACCACGACCAACGAAGUGUCUCCGGACUUUGGCGAUUAUCCCUAUAACACUGUGCCGAACCAGGUUCAACGAUUAUUCAAGGCCCAGCAAAUGCACGACCGUAAACAUUGGGAUGCCCGACGAAAGCUCAGUGCAGAAGAGAGGCAGAAAACCGCAUACGUCGAUUAUCUCCGACCCAUUGUCGCCGACGGUGAUAUGGGUCACGGAGGUCUCACAUCGGUGAUGAAGCUCGCCAAGCUUUUUGCUGAGAAUGGUGCUGCUGGUGUGCACUUUGAAGAUCAAAUGCACGGUGGAAAGAAGUGUGGCCAUUUGGCUGGUAAGGUUCUUGUCCCAGUCGGCGAACACAUCAACCGACUAGUAGCCGCUCGGUUCCAGUGGGAUUUGAUGGGUACAGAGAACCUGGUGAUUGCACGAUCAGAUGCAGAGAGCGGAAAGCUCAUCAGCAGUAUUGUUGAUGUUCGCGACCAUGAGUUUAUUCUUGGCGUCACGGAAGAAGUCGAGCCACUCUCUGAAACACUACAAGAGAUGGAACGUAAUGGCGCCGCCGGAGCCGAAAUCGAUGUGUUCGAGAGCAAAUGGGUUAAAGACCAUAAACUCGUGACAUUCGACGAAGCCGUUGAUGCCCAUCUGAAGGCCGAGGGUGCUUCCGAAAGUGCCAUCAAUGCCUACAAGACUAAAGUCACCGAGAACCCUGAUCUGUCUCUAACCAAACGCCGCGCAAUCGCGAACACGCUGACAAACAAACCUGUUGUCUGGUCAUGCGAUGCUCCUCGCACUCGUGAGGGCUUCUAUCACUAUAAGGCCGGGUUCCCGGCCGCCACCAAGCGGGCGAAAGAAUUCGCUCCUUAUGCUGACCUUCUCUGGGUUGAAACCGGCAAUGCCGACGUCGAAAAGGCGGCGAAGCUUGCUGGUGAUGUCCAUGCAGUCCAUCCUGGCAAGAAGUUUGUCUACAACCUCAGCCCCUCGUUCAACUGGAUGGCCCAAGGCUUUACUGAAGCCACUCUCAAGUCAUUCAUUUGGGAUCUCGCUAAGCAUGGAUUUGUCCUCCAGCUGAUUUCCCUUGCGGGGCUCCACUCGAACGCGACAAUCACCACUGAACUCUCUCGCGCUUUCAAGGACGAGGGCAUGCUUGCCUAUGUGCGUCUUGUUCAAUCUCGCGAGAAGGAGCUUGGCGUAGACGUCCUCACUCAUCAGAAAUGGAGCGGGGCUCCCUAUAUGGACGGCAUCAUCGGGGCAAUCCAAAGUGGUAGCAGCAGUAACAAGAGCAUGGGUGAAGGCAACACAGAGAAAGGAUGCAUGCCUCAUCCUCUUUCACCCACCGAGACUCCAGCCAUGUCGAUUGCAGUUUCCAAAACCCCGUCUUCGGUUCCUCCGACGAACGAGGAAAUCUCGUCAAUCGUCAACAGUGUCUUUUCCGCUCAGACUUCGCAGGAAUCGCUGGAUGCUUCAUAUGCCCUUACAAACCUUCUGAUCAAUUCUGUUGGCUACCGGGGAAUUCUCAACAUCCUGCCCGAGAUCAAGAAAGCAGCGACCGACAAGAAAAGUGGUGCGAAGAGAGAAAGCGCCAUGCUCAUUCUCGGUGCUCUUUUCGAACAAUUUCCUGUGAAGGACCCUCUCAGUGAGGUUGUUUUUCUGAUUCAUGAUGGCGGCAUUCUUAAUAUCGCCUUGGACGCGAUGUCGGAUAAGGGCGCUGUCGUUCGCGACGCUGCUCAAUAUGCCGUCGAUGCACUCUUCGCUGGCCUCAAGGUUGAGUCGCUCGUCAAUGCCCUUCUUCCCGCUGUGCUCCGGUAUCUUAGCAAAAGCACCGCCAAGUGGCAAGGCGCGGUUGGCGCUUAUGCACUGUUAGAAAAGAUGGCGAAAAAGGCUCAGAUGGGUACUGGUACGAAGGAAGAUGAACGCCAAAAGGAUCUUCUUCGUGAGGCCAUGGGUAACACUCUCAAAGAAUUGAUUCCCGUUGUAGAAUCCGGCAUGCAUGAUCUCAAAAACGAAGUCACCAAACAAGCAGUCAAGACGAUGACUGCUGUUACCACGCUCAUCACGAACGAAGACGUCAUCCCUCGCAUCCCGCUCCUUAUCACAGCAAUGGAAAAGCCUUCUUCAGAGAGCUUGCAAAAGACAAUCCAUGCUUUGUCUCAGACAACAUUUGUCGCUAUCGUUACCUCCCCGGUUCUUGCGCUCCUUACGCCUCUUCUUGAGCGAUCACUCAACACGCCUACGACUUCGCAAGAAGUACUUCGUCAGACAGUCGUUGUGGUUGAAAACUUGACGAAACUGGUUCAUGAUCCCACAGAAGCCAAGACUUUCCUUCCCAAAUUGAAACCUGGUGUGCAAGGCGUCAAGGACCGUGCAUCGCUUCCAGAAGUUCGUGAAUUGGCCACCAGAGCGCUCGAUGUCAUUCACAAGGCAAUGGGAGAAGACAAUGGACAGGUUGCUGAUGGUGCUGUUGUUAAAACUAGCUCCGAAGAUGUACUCGGCGUCUUGGAUGCCAAGAUUAUCGCUCACGGCGGUCCAGCGCAGCCCGCUGAGGCACCUUUCUUUGACAACGUCAAGUCAUACAUUGCAUCAAUGGUUCGCGAAGAUGUCAACGUCAGAAUGCUUGAUCGAAUCCCUGGUUGUGUUGGGCCGUAUUUGCGCUCCUUGAUUCAGGAUGGACAGAAUGACGCCGUCGCUUCCGAAGUUCAGGCUCACUUCAUUGAGGAGGAUCAACGCAAGUUUGGUGUGCCUGUGCAAGAAGACGACGGGGAGGUUGAAAUUGUCAAUGCAGACUUCUCUCUCGCAUAUGGAGGUAUGCUUUUGCUGUCACACACCAACCUCCGACUACUCAAGGGUCACCGUUAUGGAUUAUGCGGUCGCAAUGGUGCCGGUAAGUCGACAUUGAUGCGCAGUAUUGCAAAUGGAAAACUGGAAGGAUUCCCACCCAAAGAGGUCCUCCGAACCUGCUUCGUCGAGCAUAAUCAAGGUGAAAGUGCAGAACUCAGUAUUCUGGAGUACUGCGCAAAUGAUCCCGAGCUCCAAGGCGUCAACAAGGAUGAGAUUUCCACCGUGUUAAGUGAAUUCGGCUUCACUGAUGGACCCGAGGGACGACAGUCACAAAAAGUUGGGUCUUUAUCCGGUGGUUGGAAAAUGAAGCUUGCCCUUGCACGUGCUAUGCUCAUGAAAGCGGAUGUGCUUCUCCUUGAUGAACCUACCAAUCAUCUUGACGUCGCCAAUGUCAAAUGGUUGCAGGAAUACCUCAAAGCGCAUACUGACAUCACUAGUUUGAUCGUCAGUCACGACUCUGGCUUCUUGGAUGAAGUUUGUACCGACAUAUAUCAUUAUGAAAGCAAGAAAUUAGUUUGCUACAAAGGUAACCUCGCAGACUUCGUCAAGGUUAAGCCUGAAGGAAAGAGUUACUACACGCUUUCCGCAUCGAAUGUGCAGUUCAAGUUCCCUCCUCCUGGUAUCCUGACUGGUAUCAAAUCACAGACAAGGGCUAUUCUGCGCAUGACCAACUGUACAUACACCUAUCCCGGAGCAAGCAAACCGUCUCUCCAGGAUGCAUCUAUCACACUCUCCCUUUCAUCCCGUACGGCUAUCAUCGGUGGUAACGGUGCCGGCAAGUCGACAUUCAUUAAGAUGUUGACAGGUGAGACCAUUCCUCAGACUGGCCGAGUCGAAAAGCAUCCCAACUUGCGUAUCGGUUAUAUCAAGCAGCAUGCUCUUGAACACGUCGAAAUGCAUCUUGAAAAGACCCCCAACCAGUACCUGCAAUGGCGAUAUGCCAAUGGCGAUGACCGUGAGGUGUAUCUUAAGCAGACUCGUAUCCUGUCCGAUGAAGAACGCGAGCAGAUGGAGAAGCCCGUCGAUCUUGGCGAUGGCAGAGGUGGACGUCGUAUCGAAGCACUUAUUGGCCGACAGAAGUGGAAGAAGUCGUUCCAGUAUGAAGUGAAAUGGGUUGGACUUCUUCCGAAGUUUAACACCAUGAUCUCUCGAGAAACUUUGACCGAGCUUGGAUUCGCCAAACUCGUUCAAGAAUUCGACGACCAUGAAGCAUCCCGUGAGGGUCUGGGUUAUCGUAUCCUCGAGCCCAAGGUGAUCGCCAAGCACUUCGAGGACGUUGGAUUGGACCCAGAAAUCGCCAACCACAACGAAAUUUCUGGUCUGUCCGGUGGUCAAAAAGUCAAAGUCGUCCUCGCUGGUGCCAUGUGGAAUAACCCACACCUUUUGGUUCUGGACGAACCUACUAACUUCUUGGACCGUGACUCUUUGGGAGGCUUGGCUGUUGCCAUUCGCGACUACAAAGGUGGUGUUGUCAUGAUUUCUCACAACGAGGAAUUUGUCGGCGCCCUCUGCCCGGAACAGAUUCAUAUUGCCGAUGGCCGUAUCACCCACCGCACCAGCGCCGCAAUUGCGCUUGAUCGCUUUGAAGACAGCCAGCCGGGCUCCCCUGCACCCGCCAGCACAGUCGCCUCCACUGUAGCAAGCUCUGUCGUCUCCAGCGCAGCUCCAUCUGCCGCCAACUCUGGCGCCGAGGAUACUGGAGAGUUGAAGUUCAAGGCCCGCAAGAAGAAGAAGCUGACUCGCGCUCAAGUGAAGGAACGUGAAGUCCGCCGCCGGCUCCGCCAUAUCGAAUGGCUCAACUCUCCCAAGGGAACCCCCAAGCCUGUGGACACUGAUGACGAGGCGUAA